AUGUUCGGAUUCGGUCGCAAGAACGAGUUCCCCGUCGACGGUCGAACUGUCCUGAUCACUGGUGGCUCUGAUGGCAUGGGUCGUGCUCUCGCCAUCCAGCUCGCCGCCAAAGGCGCUCACGUCGUUGUGGUUGCUCGAACUGUCUCCAAGCUUCAGAACACCGUUGAAGCGCUCAAGCUCAUCGCUCUCAACCCCAUGAAGCAGCGCUUUCACUACAUCAGCGCGGAUCUGAUUGAUAGCGCCGAAUGUGAACGGGUGAUUUCCGAGGCCACUGCCUGGAAUGACGAUUGUGCCCCCGAUGCUGUCUUCUGUUGUGCCGGCUUCUGCCACCCGGGUUUCUUUACCGAUGUGCCCCUCUCAGUCCAGCGUCAGCAGAUGGACACUGUCUACUGGACUGCCGCUAACACGGCCCACGCCACCCUGCGCAAAUGGCUGACCCCCAUUUCCCCAAGUGGGCAGGUCAAAACCCCUCGUCGGCACUUCAUCUUCACUUGCUCUACCCUCGCAUUCGUCCCAGUCGCCGGUUAUGGUCCUUACUCACCGGCCAAGGCUGCCAUUCGCUCUUUGUCUGAUACCCUCAGCCAGGAGAUCGAGAUGUACAAUGGAGCCUAUAGCCAGCGACACCGCAACUCGGCUCCUGCUGCUGAUAUCAAGAUUCACACUGUCUUCCCCAUGGGCAUUCUCAGCCCUGGGUUUGACAACGAGCAGAAGAUCAAGCCCGAGUUGACCAAGAAGCUCGAGGAGGCCGACAAGCCCCAGACUCCCGAGGAGGUCGCUCGGAUCACCAUCGCCGCUCUGGAGCGUGGUGAAUAUCUGAUCACCACCAUGUUUGUGGGCAAUAUUAUGAAGGGAACUGCUCUCGGAGCCAGCCCUCGCAAUGCUAUCGUCGGCGACACCCUGCUCAGCUGGCUUAGCAACCUGGUCUUCCUUCAAGUUAUUCCUGAUCUUCGCAACAAAGCAUUCAACUGGGGCAAGAACAACGGACUUCCCAAGACCUCGUCCUAA